UAAAAGGAACUACAGUAAUUGUAACCAACUGAAUUUAAAAGAUUACAUGCCCAGCGGAAAGUUGAAAACAGUAUUAUGAAUAUUCAAUGGGCAUCGGCUGUUCCUGAGAGUUACGCCCAAUGAUUGCACAGGGCCUUUGGGCUGGCCAAAACAAGACAGGAAAUGUCAUUGCUGGAAAGGAUUAGCUUUGAUGUGACGUUUUUAGUUCAGAAAGUUUAGACGAGUGGAGCUGUGUGUGAGAUUGUACGCCCGGUAGUUGUCCACAGCUUUUACUUUAAUUGCAGUGAAAGGGCAAUUAUGAACGGCAAAUCAACUAACGCCAACCCGGGACGCGACGGUGUGUUGCCGGCCUGUUUCGAAGGGCUCCCGAUGCUACCGAAGAGUCUCAGCGGCUUGCUGAACUCCAGCGGUGGAUCCUGGAGGGAGAUGGAGAGAAUGUACGCAAAAAAGACCAUGAUCCAAGAUGACCUGAGUCGCGGCCGCAGUAACACCGAUAAUCUAGUUUCCAGCAAGCCUGCCAACCUAGAUGCUGCCCUGGCACUCCUAAGGAAAGAGAUGGUUGGGUUACGGCAGCAGGAUAUGUCUCUGCUGUGUCAGUUAUGGUCACUCCAUGAAUCGAUUCAAGAAUACAAAGGCAGUUGCCAGGACAUGUCAGCUGUAUCCAAUGCAGAUGGCACCUACAAUAUGGAAAAUGGCUUCUUUGAUGAAGAAGAUGAGUACUACCAGGACACAAGUAUUACCCCAAAUGAACACAUGGAUAUGAAUGCAUCAGUUCCCAAAACUCUAAACAAGAACAAGUGGAUGCAAGACUCCAUUCAUAUGAGCAUCUAGCACAGUGAUGUACUGAUCUGUGCCUUCUGACUAAUUAUGUGAUCAGUUCUAGUAUGCUAAUGUAAAACUGGCUUUUUAUAAAGAGGAAUUAUUCACUCUUCAAUGCCACUGGCCUCUAAUCUUUUUCUAGUAAACUUUUCAAUAUUAUACAUUUCUUAUACAUUUAUUAUACAUUUCUGGCCAAUUGACAUACCACUAAGCACAGUGUUUUGCAAAGGUAUAUUGCAUGUAUAUAACCUCGUAUAAUAACACUUAUAAACUUGGUGUAAACUUGGACAAGUCGUGUUGAAGACAGUGUAUUUGUUUGCGGCGAUGGAAGUCUAAAAUGUGCUGCUUGUUGGUAGAAACCUAAUAAAACAUUUGACUAACAAA